UGAAUAGUGAAAAUGGCUCGUACCAAGCAGACUGCUCGUAAAUCGACUGGUGGCAAGGCGCCGCGCAAACAACUGGCUACCAAGGCCGCACGUAAAAGUGCUCCAGCAACCGGAGGCGUGAAGAAACCUCAUCGCUAUCGCCCCGGCACUGUUGCCCUCCGUGAAAUCCGUCGCUACCAGAAGAGUACCGAGCUGCUGAUCCGCAAACUGCCUUUCCAGCGUUUGGUUCGUGAAAUCGCUCAGGAUUUCAAAACUGACUUGCGUUUCCAGAGCUCGGCAGUAAUGGCACUCCAGGAAGCUAGCGAAGCCUAUCUGGUCGGUCUCUUCGAAGAUACCAACUUGUGCGCCAUCCAUGCCAAGCGUGUCACAAUCAUGCCCAAGGACAUCCAACUGGCCAGACGUAUCCGUGGCGAGCGUGCUUUUGCAACAUCCGCGUCUCCAGUGGCUGCUCCACCAGUACCAGCGGAGAAGAAGGUGGCCGCCAAAAAGGCAUCUGGAUCCGCUGCUGCUACUGCAAAGGCAAAGAAGCCCACAGCUCCACCAUCGCAUCCCCCAACUCAGCAAAUGGUUGACGCUUCGAUUAAGAGCUUGAAGGAACGUGGCGGCUCAUCGCUUUUGGCAAUCAAGAAAUAUAUUACUGCCGAAUACAAAUGCGAUGCCCAGAAACUGGCCCCAUUUAUCAAGAAGUACUUGAAGUCGGCCGUUGCCAAUGGAAAGCUGAUCCAAACAAAGGGAAAGGGUGCAUCUGGUUCGUUUAAGCUGUCGGCUUCCGCCAAAAAGGAGCCUAAGCCAAAGGUUGCAUCUGUCGAGAAGAAAGUUAAAAGUAAGAAGGUGGCGUCAUCGUCGUCGGCGGCAACCAAGAAGACAGCAAGCCCUAAAAAAGCAGCCGCUGCCGGUGACAAGAAACUAAAGGUGAAGAAUGAAAAAGCAAAGGAAUCUAUUAACAUGUCUGGUCGUGGUAAAGGUGGCAAAGUGAAGGGAAAGGCAAAGUCUCGGUCGAACCGUGCUGGUCUUCAGUUCCCUGUUGGUCGUAUUCAUCGUCUACUUCGCAAGGGCAACUAUGCCGAGCGUGUCGGUGCCGGCGCUCCCGUUUACCUGGCUGCCGUGAUGGAAUACUUGGCCGCUGAAGUUCUCGAGUUGGCUGGCAAUGCUGCCCGUGAUAACAAGAAGACGAGAAUUAUCCCUCGCCAUCUGCAGCUGGCCAUCCGCAACGAUGAGGAGUUGAACAAACUGCUCUCAGGCGUCACCAUUGCUCAGGGUGUGAAAAUGGCUCGUACCAAGCAGACUGCUCGUAAAUCGACUGGUGGCAAGGCGCCGCGCAAACAACUGGCUACCAAGGCCGCACGUAAAAGUGCUCCAGCAACCGGAGGCGUGAAGAAACCUCAUCGCUAUCGCCCCGGCACUGUUGCCCUCCGUGAAAUCCGUCGCUACCAGAAGAGUACCGAGCUGCUGAUCCGCAAACUGCCUUUCCAGCGUUUGGUUCGUGAAAUCGCUCAGGAUUUCAAAACUGACUUGCGUUUCCAGAGCUCGGCAGUAAUGGCACUCCAGGAAGCUAGCGAAGCCUAUCUGGUCGGCCUCUUCGAAGAUACCAACUUGUGCGCCAUCCAUGCCAAGCGUGUCACAAUCAUGCCCAAGGACAUCCAACUGGCCAGACGUAUCCGUGGCGAGCGUGCUUAAGUUGAUAUUUCUUCGUCAGGCGCAUAUAAAUUUCAUACAAAUCGGUCCUUUUCAGGA